UUCUUUUUUUUCCAGUGUCUCCAACCCUGCAAAGACUCCUGGGAAAUGAAGGAGAAAUCCAACUGCAGACAGAUGUGUGAGCCUCUGUUUCCCAGAAGGCCUUGGGAGUGUGUGACCAGCUGUGAGUUCCUCCAGUCAGUGCUGUCAGUCAAACAGGGGGCGUGUCCUCUGCCGGACCGUGCCGCAGGCUUCGAGGCCGCCUGCGUCGACAGCUGCGACCGCGACCGUGAAUGCCCCGCCCACAGGAAGUGCUGCUCCAAUGGCUGUGGACACACCUGCCAGACCCCCAAGGACCUCUAUAGAGGUUGCCCUCUGAAGCCCAGGAAGGACCUGGUCUUUCAUGAGUCCUCCUCCGGGUCGUUGGACGUCCGUUGGUCGUCUCGUUUCAACGUCUCCUCUGAACCGGUGGUCUACGUCCUCCAGAGGAGGUGGAACUACGGGGUCCAGCCCAGUGAGGACAGCGCCUCCCCCUGGGAGGAGGUGGGCCAGACAUCAGAACCCAGAUCGCGACUUUCCGACAUCCGACCGGGUCGCUGGUACCAGUUCCGAGUGGCGGCCGUCAACACCCACGGAACCAAAGGUUUCACCACGCCCAGCCGACACAUCCACUCAGCAGAGGUUAGCAUCGCAAUAUCGCAUUUAUACGACCCGUCCAGUCCUCCGGCUCCCUCUGACCUCAGGGUGGUCAACAUGACCUUUGGCCCCGGUCGGACCGUGUCCACCCUGGUCCGCUGGACCGUCCCCCAGGACCUGGACGUCCCUGUCCACCACUAUAAGGUCAGCUGGAGCUGGACGGAGGCGGGGCAGAGGACGGAGGCGGGGCAGAGGACAGUGUCGUCUUUGACCAAGAGGAGGAAGAUGGUCCGAACGAACCAGGUGGUUCUGGACAGUCUGAGGUCAAACCGGACCUACAGGGUGGAGGUCCAGGCCAUGUCUUACUGGGCCCAGAACCACCUCAAAGGCCCGCGGGCCCUGCUCCACUUCAGCACCCAGACCAGCAGGACUGCUUUGGCUCCGCCUCCGUUUGGGGACGUCCUGGACGUGGGGACGCCAUUUUACCAGGACGACCAACUGAGGGUCCACGUCUACUGGAGGAAGAGUCCAGACCCGUCAGUGGACUUGUACCGGAUCCAGUGGGAACCUGAGUUCUGUGGACAGAACCGGACCCGGUCCAUGCAGAAGACCACGUCUCGGGGGGGCGUGGCCAAGCUGAAGGGCCUCCUGUUCUCCUGUAAAUACAACGUUCUCCUGCAGCCAAUCAGCUCCAAGACCCGCCCCCCGGCAGAACGGACCAGCUUCUACACCCCGUCAUGUUCUGCGAUCCAGGCCAAGAGUCCAGAACCCAUCAGCUGUGGACCCAGAACAGUGGUUCCUCAGAAGGUUCCUCUGAAGGCGUCCAACCUGACGGCUUCGUUCCAGCUCAGCGGCACCAACGUGACGGCCAUCUUCAGCUGGGAGGUGACCAUGGCCACGCCCACCCGCCAGGUGACCACAGCCAUGCCCCCCCGCCUGGUGACCGGCCUGCAGGUGACCUGGGCCGAGGUGAUGCCCACCGGACGAUAUGGAACCAACAAACUACAGCACAGCCUGGUGUCACAGACCAGGAUCCUGCCCCCGAAUGCCGCUGUGCUGGUGGUGUCGGGGCUCCACCCAGCCGGACUCUACCGACUGGAGGUCCAGGUCCUGAUGGGGGACGGAGAGGGUCUGACCAGCAGCCGGACCUUCCAGACACCCGGGUACCAAAGCAGCCCCAAGACCAAACCCAGACUGAGGAACCCUCACCACAAACAGCCGCUCAUCGAACGACACUGAACCCCGACGGCCAAUCACAUCGCACCCUGACUGCCAAUCAGAUCG